GACAUCAAACUGGAACUGUUCUGCGAGAAGUGUCCCAAGACUUGCGAAAACUUCUUGGCCUUAUGUGCCACCGAUUACUACAAGGGAUGCCUAUUUCACCGCAACAUAAAGGGCUUUAUGGUCCAGACGGGUGACCCGACCGGCACCGGGAAGGGAGGCAACAGUAUUUGGGGCAAUAAGUUUGACGACGAGAUCCACAGCGACCUCAGACACACCGGUCGCGGCAUCGUCUCGAUGGCCAACAACGGGCCCAACACUAACGGCUCCCAGUUCUUCAUCACAUACGCCAAACAGACACACCUCGACCUCAAGUACACCACAUUUGGAAAAGUAAUCGAUGGCAUCGAGACGUUGGACGAGUUGGAGAAACUGGCGGUCAAUCCCAAGAACUUUAAGCCAUUGAAAGACACGCGUCUCACGGAUGUGACAAUUCAUGCCAAUCCUAUCGCUAAAUAAUUUAUUUUUACACAACAUUUCAAUCAUUUCAUUAAAUAUUGUUUUUAAGCUU